AUGCCGAAGGGAGAAAACCUCGAGUAUGCAGAUCGCUCUGAGGAGGAAGCUUGCUUGGAGCUGUACUUCAGACGAAUCAGGCCUGAGAACAUUCAGCCGGAGAAACUCUGCAAUAGUUUCUUUGUUUCGUCAUCCGGCGUGGAGGUUCAAAGUGUCUCUCGGGACAUGAAUCGGCUCCAUAAAUUGUACAAGCUGGCUCCUUUCUCUGCUCAGUGUGUGCGGAGGGCUGUUGAGGAGGCUGCAGAAAAGCUCCCGGCGCAGCAACAGGAGGCGCUCCACCAUUACCUGUCCAUCAGCGCUGGUGCGGUCCGGCCGCAGGAUGUCAUCAACGCAGCUCUGCUGCUGGAAUCAUUAGUCAGGUAUACAUCUCUUCAUCCAACCAUGGCAUUACUCAUCACAAACAAAGUAACGUCAUUCUGUCUUUCAGCACAUUUCACAGUCCGCAAGCCUUCAGCCGCAAAGGUGGCACGGCUUAUUACACAGGAGGGGUGGAAGGUCAACUGUCCCAAGCCGGAGGACAUCGAACGGCUGUGGACACCACCUUCGAAGGCAGAUGUUGAAGAUGACAAGUUCAUCCUUCGCUGUGUGUCUGAGCAGAACUGGUCGGGCAUGGCCAUAAAAGACUUUGGUGAUGAGCGUGGUUUUGGUGACAAUUGGGCGGAACAAUGAACGCGGUGUUGUUUCCAUGG